CUAAAUUAAUCACAAUAAUAUUUUAUAAAUUUACAUAACAUAUAUAGUAAAAUAUGAUUGGGGUAUUAAUUAUUAUACUUGUUAUAUUUAUUGCAAUAAUAUCGAUUACUAAUGUUAAGAAUUCUCGAUAUCAAUUUGAUUACUGGCGUAAACUUGGUAUAAAUGGCCCUGCUACAAAACUCGUUUAUGGCAACACACUUGACCUAUUUAUUAAACCACAACCCAUUCAGGAACUUAUUUGGUACCAAAAAUUUGGUAAAAUCUAUGGUAGCCGACCCUGAGCUGGUUCAGGCAAUCCUUGUCAGAGACUUUCAUGUGUUCACCGAUAGGUCGCGCGCAUCGAAAUCGGGUGACGACUCAAUAGCCAAACACAGUUUGGUUCACAUGUCGGGCGACGCAUGGCGUGGCGUACGUGCUAUCGUGUCGCCAACAUUUUCACCAAACAAAUUACGACAAAUGUACCCGAUCAUUAGCCAGUGCGUGUCCGAGUUUAUUACGCACUUGGAUCAAAGCUGUCAU